AUGGAAACUUAUCAAAAGAGCCUAUUUCUCCUAUGGUUUAUCUGGUUUCGCCGCAACAAAUGGGUCUUCGAAAACGUAUGGGACCCGGAUGAGGCUCUUCUUCUCAGACACAGCAGGAUAGUGGCAGAUUUUGAUGAGUAUUCUGAGAGGAUUUAUGGAGACACAUCUCCUCCAAGAGAACCAGUGGGCAGACCUGUCUGGGUGCCUCCUCCUAUUGGCUUAGUGAAGGUUAACGUGGAUGCAUCGAUUUCUCAAGAUGGUUGGGUGGGAUUAGGAGCCAUAGCUCGUGAUGACAGAGGGCGUGUUCUCUUCUCGGCAGUGAGCAGAUUAAGGGCGCGUUGGGAACCAUUGGUGGCUGAAUGCAAAGCAGCUCUAUUCGGUUUAAAGAAGGCAAGGGAGAAAAACAUGGGGCAUAUAAUCCUAGAGGCUGAUUCGUUAUUGCUUGUUUCUAAGCUUAAGAGGGGGUCGUUUUCUCUAGCAGCUGUUGAUGGCAUUUUAGAGGACAUUGUCUCUGCUUGUAAGGACUUCUCUUCUGUUUUUUGGUCCCAUGUAAAGCGGGAGGGAAACUUUGUAACCCACCAUCUAGCUAGGUUAAUGCCGUAUGGUAGUGAACAAUUUUGGGAUAAUCUUGUCCCGAAUGAGAUAUCCUCAUAUGUACUUUUGGACUCUCUUUCUAUAAAUUAA